AUGUCCACAAAUUUCUUAAUUCCAAAAAAGCCAGUCUCUGUACUUGUGGAUAUUGUUCGUCAUGCCAGCAAAAAGACUGGUGGUAGUACGAAAAAUACAAAUUGCAAAGUAAAGCCUAAGCACAGAGGAUGGAAAGUGCAAGAUGGACAUUUUGUACAAGCUGGUCAUAUUGUUGCAACCCAAAGGACUACUAGAUUCCAUCCCGGUUUAAACGUGGGGUUUGGCCGUAAUGGCACAUUAUUUGCUAUGGAAGCUGGUAAAGUGGUUGUUACCUGUGAAAAGUUUGAUCCAAACUGGGAACACACAUGGGUACAGAGAUUGUAUGCGGGUCGAGAAAAUCAAAAUAUAUUUAAGAAGUAUUUUAAUGUAAUACCCGAACCUCAGCACAACAGAUUUAAAUUGAUUGAUGAAGUAUAA